UGUAUAUAUAUAGCCUCAUUUUGCAAAAUCGGUAUUCUAGGGUUAGGGUUUUGGUGCUUUCUCUAUAUAGUCUGUUCAGCCCGCAGCAGCGAGUUGAAGAACUUCAGCAGAGCUCGAUCUGAAACCCUAGCCAUGUCGCUUGUUGCAAAUGAAGAGUUUCAGCACAUUCUUCGUGUGCAGAACACGAACGUCGAUGGAAAACAGAAGAUCAUGUUUGCAAUGACCUCUAUCAAAGGUAUCGGUCGUCGUUUUGCCAACAUCGUCUGCAAGAAAGCCGAUGUCGACAUGAACAAGAGGGCUGGUGAGCUUACAAAUCAGGAGCUGGAUAACCUGAUGACAAUUGUUGCAAAUCCUCGCCAGUUCAAAAUUCCAGACUGGUUUCUGAACAGGAAGAAAGACUACAAGGAUGGGAAGUUCUCUCAGGUGACAUCCAAUGCACUGGACAUGAAGCUGAGGGACGACUUGGAGCGAUUGAAGAAGAUCAGGAACCAUCGUGGUCUCCGUCACUACUGGGGUCUUAGGGUGCGUGGGCAGCAUACCAAGACCACUGGCCGCAGGGGAAAGACUGUUGGUGUUUCGAAGAAGAGAUGAUCUGGUUCUAGGUUUUCUUUUUUUUUUUCUUGCCAUGAGUUUUUUGUUCGAUUUUAGACUUUCCUUCACAUAGUACUAUUUAAGAAUUUUUGGCAUUGAGUGGAUUGUUUUGCUUGUAGCUUUCGCACUGUUUUGGAUGUUCGCUGUGACUUGCCUAUAUCUUGUACCCCCCCUAAAUGAUCAUGGUCUAUGUGGCUUGUGUGGUAGUCUUCUAGUUUCUAAAGAGUUUAUUAUUAAUACUAGCGGUGGGUGCAGACGCAUUACAUUUGCAAUUUUUACA